AUGACCUUCGCCUCUUUUUUGUCCUCUCUGCUCGUUGGAGGGUUUCUCGUGGCACUAGCCUCCGGUCCUGCACGUUGUUUCUCUUCGUUUCGACCGUUUGGAACAAAAGCGAAAGGCCCCCCGUUAUCAACACUUUACGAUCAGUCAAAAUCUUUCGACGUUGUGAUUGAAGGAUCGGAUAAAGAUGCCGGAUCAAUGCAACGAAAGACCGUUUCAUAUGCAAGAGCGACACUUCAGCCUCGAAUACAAAUGAAAAAUUUUGCAGCUUACAACAUUGUUGGUGAUGGAACUCCACAAGCUUUUCAUUCCAAUAUUGACUGGAAAAACCGAAGAAGAAGGCUUCCAUUGACGAGAAAGCGCUUUUCAACUGCGAAUUAUGUCGACGACGUCUAUCCGUUUAUUUGGAAGAAUUUCUCAGAUGCUGGUUAUGCGACUCUCUAUGGAGAAGAUGCUGCUAAUAUUGGUACUUUCACAUAUCGCUUGAAAGGUUUCCGAAAUCAACCAACUGAUCAUUACACUUGGGACCUAUUUUCAGGAACACGAGAAAGUUCCAUGGGGUACAUGCAGUGGAUUGUUCCGGUUUACAAAACCAUGGUUCCCGCUACAGCAAGGGAGUUCAUGAAAGCAUACAAGGAUUUUACCUCGGUUUUUAAUGAUACCUUCCAAUGUUUUCCCAUGACGAUGUCAAUGCGAUAUGCCAAACUUCGUGGUACACAUCAAGGUCAAUUGGAGGAACGUUUGCCCUUUUUUGCGUUUGCUGUCCCCCAAAGUGACAUUUUAUCGACUCCUUUCGAUAUUCACGCGACGUUGAUGGACAUUUUGCACCUACCCAAUGAAAAGAUCUACAAACCACUCAAGAUGCUUCGAAAAGAUCGCUUUCACUCUUUCGACCAUUGCCGUUAUCAAGGACCUGUGAACAAAGCUAGAUCGACACACAUUGGUGCUACCUGUUUGAAUUGGGAAGACGCCACUCAGAAACCUGAAGAGAAAACUUUGGUUGAAGGGAUGGCACAUUCUGUAGUCGACGCAAUCAAUGCCCAAACCACGCACCUGAACGGGCUCUCUGUUCGCCAUUACGUC